AUGAAACAGCAGCCGUUCAGUAAGCUCACAGAGUCUGGAGAUGGGCCGGAGGCCUUUUUCUGGGAGAGCGACGUUCAUGAUAAAUCGUACUACAAAGGCGCUAAGAGUAGAAGAUUCCGAUACUACGACGACUCGAACGCUCUUAAGUACCCGUUUUAUCACUGGGUGCCAAGGUGGAUUGCCCUGUACUCCAAGGGGUACCUGGAGCCAUACAGGUUUCACCCGCUGCCGCUGUCGGACCAAAUACAGUACUGGGAGCCGAUUUUAUCGAACCACAUCAGCGAAGAGUUGGUGAAGCUGGAGCUCCUGGAGCUUUCCAGGUCGAAGUCAAAGAAGAAAAAAGAGAAAAGGCCGAGAAAAUCUGUAUUCGUGAAGGCGAUGUUUGUCGCGUUCUGGAAGAGAGUGCUGCUCGGGCUUCUGGGCAUAGUGGUCACGAACGUCCUGAGCAUGAGCAUCUCAGUCUUGGUGGAGAGGCUGCUCAAAAUACUCUCAGACAAGUCGUUCACCCUCGUCAGCACGGUCCUCUUUCUGCUGGCCAUCAUCCUGUGCCAGAUACUCGACGGCCUUUUCGUGGGAAACUUCAACUUCUACAUGUCCAGGUUCGUCUUAAUAGUGCAGUCGUGUCCGCCGGUAGCGGCGUUUCGACACGGGCUGUCGCACAGAAGGAACUUUGCAAACAACAUAAACGGCUCCAACGCGCUGGGCGUGUGCAACCAGGUAGUACACAGUUGCGCGCCUGACUCUGAGUGUUCCAAAAAUCCACUCUACUGCCCGGCGAGACGCCACCAGACCAGAGAAAUGAGUCCGAAGAUGAUAACAAUCGACUUCACAGACUCGUACGGAAUAUCGGUGUUGUUCUCUUCACUGAUCACCAUCAUAGAGUUUUUAACCAACUUCGUAUACGGGAUUUUUCUCAUGUCAACUAAGAUAAGGGUAAACAUAUGGGUGUUAUACUUAGUGGGAGUCGUCUUUAUAUUCCUGAUGGUCGUGAUGGAAAUUAUCGGCUGUUAUGCCUUCGGAUGGAUACUGUACAUUAGGGACAACAAAAUAUGCAGGCUGAGCAGCAUUUUGAACUCUCUGCCGGUGAUUAGGAAAAUGUUCUACGACGACAUUGCGGCAAACAUUAUCACGCAGGCGAGGAACAAUGAGCUUUCGCUUUUCUACAUAAGGAUGUUCCUCCUAUACUUCAACAUAGCACUGUACUCCUCGUGCAUCAAUGUAUCCUUUUACGUGAUGCAGAGGUACUUUGUUAAGUCGGUUAACAAUGUGAGCCUUAUCACUGAAAUUGACACAUCGGCGUUUGUCACGACCUUUUACAUAUACAUGAGGAUUAUCAACUCCAUGUUUCUAAUACCCAUAUCGAUAAAGCACAUUGGAACGUCGUUUCCAUCAUACAAAAGGUUGGAAAAAUUUUACAAAGACAGUUCGCCUAAUUUUUAUAUCAGUGAUAACAAAUACACAGGUUCAGUGAAAACAUCCACAAACAUAGUUCCUAUAACAACUCAGCUCCCUAAGGACAUUGUAGUCUACUACAAGGACGCCUCAUUCACAUGGGUCCACACACGCAACGACCUAUUAAACAAAAACUAUGAACCGUUAUUGAAGAAUGUCAACUUUGAGUUGAAACGCGGCGAAAUAGCCAUUGUCACAGGCUCAAAAGGUGCUGGCAAAUCUAACUUCAUAAAGUCAAUGAUUGGUGAAAUGACCCUGGUUGGGGGCUCCAUGGCCGUUGUACCAUUACACACAUCAAUGCCAAUAUUCUAUGCAUCUGAGGACAUAUUUCUACAACAGGGUACUAUUAGAUCCAACAUUGUAUUUGGUUAUAAGUUUGACGAGCAUCUGUACAACACUGUGCUGAAGGCUGUUGAACUAGAACUUGACAUAUCAACCUGGGAUAAAGGUGACCUCAGAGUAGUAUCAGAUAAUGCCCAUUCACUCAGUGGAGGUCAGAGAGUGAGAGUGGAGUUGGCUCGUGCAAUAUAUGCUUAUUUGGUGUUCCAUAAAGUCAACAAGGAGUAUAAUAACAGCAAGUGUUCGUUCUUAAUGUGUUUGGAUGCCUCGUUCCAGUGCCUGGACCCCUAUGUAUCCAAAAAUGUAUUCAAUAACCUGUUUAACGUUAAAACUGGAUUAUUAGUUAAGGAUGACCUGUCAGUUGUUUUAACUACAUCAAAACAGUCUCUUGAAUUGUGUUUGAAAUCAUCAGAUGUAGGCCAACUCCAUAAAGUAACAAUUUGUGACAUUAAAAACAACGAGGUGGAGUUAUAUUCCAAUCUUCAUGACUUUGCGAAGAACAUUAAAGAAGACGAUGCAGAUCACGCUGAUCUCAAGGCGACGACCACGGAUAUCUAUCAUACAAACGGUUUCACGGACGAUAUGCUGAGUACGUGCUCGUCAGGUUCUAAUACAAGGCUGGGUAGAACUGAAGAAACGAAAUCGAGCUACUUAAAGUCGUUUGACUCAUUUUCUGCACAUCAGAAGAAGGGCAUAGAGUUCGAUCCGCACCUAGUUUAUAUGAAGCCGGCGUCAGCAAUGUUCGCAAUCUCAAUAAUGCUGAUCAUCGUUAUAACGAUCAUGGAUAACGUAAAACUUGUCCUGUCAACCGACUUGUCAGACUACAUAACCAAUAACAUUAACCAACACAAGGAUGGCAAAUUCGUAGACCUGUCUGAAAUUAAGAAGCAGAGCAACUUAUCGCUGAAAACCAUGGCGCUCAUAGUAACAAUUAUAAUUGUACUGUCGCUUCUGUUCACACUGACACUGAGCAUGGCGUGCAUCACGUCCUCACGCAAGUUCCACGAGUACUGCAUCAACUCAAUCUUCAAGUACAGCUCCUCAGUGAUCAAGGUGAAGAAUGAAAUCAAUCAGGUGAUGACGUACAUACUGUGCGACAUCAUAAUGUUAGACGACUCCCUGUGCCACGAGUUUUACUUGUUAGUUUCGUCAUUUAUACUCACCGUGAUUCAUUUGGUAACACUGUUUUACCUGAUUCCAAUCUCAAUCCCUUUAGUAGUGACGGCCCUUCUGAUCAUCUCCAAGAUCAUGUUCUUGAACUGCAUCAGAAGUUCGAAAGUGAUUGAACUGUGUUUCCUGGAGACUACGGCGCAGCUCAACAGGAACAUCGAGAAUGCGACCACGGGGCCGUCGAUAUAUAGGAGCUUCAGAAAGGACCUGGAGCUGUUGGUGAAUCACGCGGAACACAACGACUAUAAGAUCAGGUCAAACUUCGCCAUGUUUUCCAUGUUGACGUGGCUUUCCAUAUCCUUCAACUGGAUCUUCUCAGCAACGACCUUUGUAAUACUUGUGAUUCCGAUACUGUUGGAUAGAUUCACGACAACCAAGUUGAGGGUUGGGUAUUUUGGGUUGGCCCUGUCUCUGUCCAUGAACGUCAUAAAGUCGUUCACCAAAUUUACGACUAUUUUUUCCACGGUCGAGGUUUAUAUGUGUACCGUUGAUAGGUUCAAGUACUUCAUUCCUCCAGGUGCGAACCUUACAUUCGGCAAAAGCCCUAACACCCACGAAGAGUACUUAGUUAAUCCUGGGACUAAGGACGUUGGUGGCCUGGAUAAGAAACAAUUGUUGAGGAGAAGGGCGAUAGAAUUUAAGGCCCAGAACCGAAAAUUUUAUCAAGUGAGGCGCCUUUUCUACCACCCUAGAAUAACCAUCAUGGAUGUUCACAAGUAUUUGACUAGUAACCAUUUCAGUGUUGAGUUAAAAAAUGUGUGUGUGUACACAACACCCGGCCUUAACCCAGAAAGUAUGAUAUUGAAGAAUAUCACAGUGACAGCCCAUAAAUCUGAAAUCAUUGGUAUGGUUGGUAGAACAGGUGCUGGUAAGACAACUUUGUUGUCUGUGAUACAGAACAUAAUUGAAAACAGAACAGGUCAGGUGUUGUUGGAUGGUAAAGAUUUGAAUGAUAUCCCCAAGGUUGUCCUUCGACAGAUUAUAGGUGUGUUACCACAACUGCCAUUUGUGUUCAAGGGUUGGACUGUGCGUAGGUUCCUCGAUCCCAGAAGAUUGUUUAGUGACGAUGAGAUUAACCAGGCCCUUAAUGAUUGUGGUCUUUUGGAAUUUGUUAAUGAGCUUCCUGGAGGAAAGAAGUUAGAUAGCAUUUUGGUAGCAGAGGAGCCCCUUUUAUAUUAUCAGAAAUUAAAAGGGGCUCAACGCAGCCCAAUGGAAUACAAGUCAAUGGAACUGACUAAACCAGGAGAGGAAAGUGACACGUUGGUACCAAACAGUCAACUCAGAACUCUUUCAUUGGCUAGACUUGUGCUAUACAGGCACUUCUAUAGAGUAAUAGUGGUGGACGAACCACCAGAAGAAGACCUGACAGAAGAGGAAGGUACAAGAAUUGACGAUCUCGGAGUUCAAAUUUACGACCUUCUGCAAAAGUAUUUCAGCCACUGCACAACCUUCGUGACGGCACAUGACCUAAACGUUUUGAAAAAAUGUACCUAUGUGUGGGCGCUGCAUCAAGGCUGUCUGCUAAGAAUCUGUAAAUUAAGCGAUAUCGCACAAAAUGAAUCUAUUUCAAAAAUAAUUGAGGAAAGUAUAAAAUGCAGCAAAUUAUACAGUAAAAUGUAG